GGGUGGGGGGAGAAGGGAGGAGGUGUCGGCGCCGCGGCGGCCAGAGCCGCGGGGGGGCGGGGGAAAGGGGCACCAACAUGGCGGCUCCAUAUUAACUUUCCCCCCCGUUCGGCAGCCGCUGCCACCGUCCGCCGCCCCCUCGCCCUGGUUGCCGUCAUGCCGGGCAUGAUGGAGAGGGGAGCCGAGCUCCUGGGGGGCGGCAAGAGCAGGACGACCCCCAACGGCACCAAGAACGGCGGCAGCCCCGGUUCCAACGGGCAUUUUUCCGAGGCGGAGAGCAGCGGCGGCGGUGGUGGCGGCGGCGGCGGCGACAGUGGUGACGAGCACGAUGUAGGAAUGAGGGUCGGAGCAGACUAUCAAGCUCGCAUCCCUGACUUUGAUCCUGGAGCUACAAAAUACACAGAUAAAGACAAUGGAGGGAUGCUUGUGUGGUCUCCAUAUCAUAGUAUUCCAGAUGCCAAGUUGGAUGAAUAUAUUGCAAUAGCAAAGGAAAAACAUGGCUACAAUGUGGAACAGGCACUUGGCAUGUUGUUCUGGCAUAAACACAACAUUGAGAAGUCCCUUGCAGAUCUCCCGAAUUUUACUCCUUUUCCUGAUGAGUGGACAGUUGAAGAUAAAGUCCUAUUUGAACAAGCUUUCAGUUUCCAUGGGAAAAGCUUUCACAGAAUCCAACAAAUGCUUCCAGAUAAGACUAUUGCAAGCCUUGUAAAAUACUACUACUCCUGGAAGAAAACACGUUCUAGGACAAGUUUAAUGGAUCGCCAGGCCAGGAAGCUAGCAAACAGAAAUAAUCAAGGUGACAGUGAUGAUGAUGUGGAAGAAACUCACCCAAUGGAUGGGAAUGAUAGUGAUUAUGAUCCCAAAAAAGAAACUAAAAAAGAGGGAAAUAAUGAGCAGCCUGUUCAGUCCAGCAAAAUAGGAUUGGGUAGAAGAGAAUAUCAGAGUUUACAGCAUCGUCACCACUCUCAACGUUCCAAAUGCCGUCCUCCUAAAGGCAUGUACCUAACUCAAGAAGAUGUAGUGGCAGUUUCCUGUAGCCCCAAUGCAGCCAAUACACUUCUUAGGCAGCUGGAUAUGGAGCUGAUCUCAUUGAAGCGACAGGUUCAGAAUGCUAAGCAAGUAAACAGUGCACUUAAGCAGAAAAUUGAAGGGGGAAUAGAAGAAUUCAAACCUCCUGAGUCCAAUCAAAAAAUUAAUGCCCGUUGGACAACGGAAGAACAACUUCUUGCCGUUCAAGGUGUCCGCAAGUAUGGUAAAGAUUUUCAAGCUAUUGCUGAUGUAAUUGGCAACAAGACUGUUGGUCAAGUGAAGAACUUCUUUGUAAACUACAGGCGUCGGUUUAACUUAGAGGAGGUUUUGCAGGAGUGGGAAGCAGAACAAGGAACCCUGGCUUCUAAUGGUGAUGCUUCUGCUUUAGGGGAGGACACAAAAAAUACUAAUGUGCCAUCAGGGAAGAGCACUGAUGAAGAAGAUGAGGCUCAGAUCCCACAGACUCCUCAAUGUGUAGGGUCUUCUCCACCUGCCCAGGCAUCAACUCCAACACCAGCAGCCCCUGUAACAACUUUGAAUCAGCCUCCUCCAUUACUUCGUCCAACCCUUCCGGCUGCUCCAGCUCUCCAUCGUCAGCCUCCACCACUUCAGCAGCAGGCUCGAUUUAUUCAGCCAAGGCCAACCUUGAACCAGCCCCCUCCACCACUCAUCCGCCCAGCUAAUUCAAUGCCUCCUCGUCUAAACCCAAGACCAGCAUUAUCUUCCACUGGUGGCCCACAGCCGCCAUCGCUUAUUGGAAUCCAGACAGAAUCACAGUCCCCUCUGCACUAAAGAAAUAGGGCAGAACUAUGGUAACUAACAAAUAAAAUUGUAUCAGUGUCUAUUUUUCUCAGAUAGGGAAGGAAGGGAAGUGAGCCUUCCGCAGUAUUGAAGCAGUCUUACACAAAAGAGCAAGCAGCAGAAAUAAUGUGAAUGGCCAUCUGUAUAAGAGAAACUUCAGUGCAGUAGAUUGUUACAGUGAGACAAUGUCUACGAAGUCGGUCUUCUUACACAGAAUAACUUCUUUAAAAGAGAAAAAGUUCAAAGCACUAGGACUUCAACUGGUUUUUACUCUAUUUAUUUUAUGAAAAUCUUUAUAUUCAAACCACAUUAGUACAUGGAAACAGUGCGUCUGACAAGUGUAGGAGUUUCAACUACUGUUGUGAAGCUGGUGGUAAACCUGAUAUUAUUUGGGGAAUUCCUUUUUACAUUUUCCUAUGUUAGGAGUGCAAGCAUUAAUAAGAAGCCUACUAUUUAGAUUCUGACAGAUACAGAACAACCAUACAUUUUUAGACUUGUAUUUUCUAGAUUUCUUUUAAAAUGCUUUUCUGCAGAAAAAGUUUACAGUAUGCCUGUUAGAAAAGUUAUCUCAAAGAUUUGCAAAAGCUAAGGUACAAAAUAAAUUUAAACUUAACUGUGUGGUCUUCUGAUACUGGAAGUAUGACUUGCUAGUACAAAUUCUGUGGUAGGCAAUGGAUGAGCCAGCAUCUUUGCUUUACAUUAAAAAUAAAAAAUUAACACCAUUAACAGCUGCUGUUACCAUGUGGCUACUAAAGUUGUCUUUUUAAAAUUAUCUUUGUAGUACUGCUUUUACCUGAAAUUUUAUCCUAUUGUGUAAGUUUUGGCAAUAAGUUAACAAGGAGUGCUCUCCUGAAAUUAAUAGGUACUGGGAUAAUAUGAAAUAAUUAAACAUUAAAAAUGUCUUCACCUACCACUGCUUCCUUCUCAGACUACCCCAGUCCAUUUUUUGUGGUUGUUGCCAAUGCAAUUCCCCCCCCCCCCCCCUUUUCAUUUUUUUUUUUUAAAG